GUGAGUGACUCGCUUUGCGUGUCACGCGUGCUCGACCACCCACGUUCACUACUGAGGAAAUGGCUGUACGUUUUCUGUCCGUAACGAGAAGAUAUUCCGUCGAUUUGUGCAGGUUAACACCAAGCGCGUCCACCAGGUCCAUUAUUGGCCUCUUCAGCACUGCAGUGGAACAGCAUAGUGCUGGAGAUGAUUGUCAUGGUGACGAUGGCGCCGAUGACCAUAACCAUGCAGUGACAGAUGUCCGGAUGUUGGAGAUGAGAGCUAGAAAACUUGAGCAGCAGGUUCAUGACCUCACGGAGAGGUACAAACAAGCUCUUACUGAUUCAGACAAUGUAAGAAGUAGAACAAAGAAAUUUGUUGAAGAUGCCAAACUCUUUGGGAUUCAGAGUUUCUGCCGUGAUCUCGUAGAGGUGGCAGACUUGUUAGAGAAGAGCGCAGAUGUCAAAAAAAAGGAAGGAACACAGCAGCUGAUACAAUACCUGGCACAUAUACAUUGCCGGCUGCAGGACGCAUUCACCAAACAUGGACUAAAGAAGAUGACACCCAUGGGAGCCGCUUACAACCCUUAUCAGCAUGAAAUAGUCUGUCAUACCCCAGCAGAGGGAGUAGAGCCUGGCUCUAUAGCUGUGGUAAAGCAAGACGGUUACAUUCUCCAUGGACGUACCAUUCGUCAUGCCCUCGUGGGUAUUGCUGUAAAGACACAGGAGCAUUAACAUGGCCGUGGUUCAGUCUUCUUCUGCUUAACAGUUUCUUUACACUCUUAGAAUGUACAAUACCAUUGUUUUUACAUCUCUAGACAACAACAUUUGAUUUACUCUGAAAUAAUGGUUAUGUAUUUAUAAACAGUGUUUUUUCUGAUUUUUCUAGCUUUAGAUUUACAGGCCCUGUUUUUUCCCCCUUAUUCUUAUUUAUAGGAUGUUUACAAUGCCCAUUUAAUGUUAUGAUGGAUUCAGUCAUAACACACACAUAUAUUGUGUCUUUAUGAUUCAGACUGACUGAUUUAUUGUGUUACAGGAAUUGUAGUGUUGUAAUGACGCAAAAAUUGCACUUUACACCCAUGUCGUGGUAGUUUGUGUAAGUGAUUAGUGGCGUUUGAAGGAAAAACAAUAACUUUUAAAAUAAAGCUUUAGUGGUUCUUGAAUGUGUCAAGUGUUUUAGGCCACCAUUACCUAAAAACAAUUGCUAAAAUGGAGGGGGAGGCGGGGUUUGGGGAAAGGGUGUAAACAGGAUAUAUAUAUGUGUGUGUGUCCAAAUUGGAAUUGAAUGGAAUAAUUUGGGAGAGAAAAAAAUAAAACAUGUAUUUAUUUGGUUUGUAAUAGUUUGUCCUGAUAGGUUACUCUUUUUGUAAACGAGAAGAAAUUGUAAGCAAUUCACAUUUUCCUUUCAAAUGAACGUGUUUACAAUAUUAUGCUAUGUAAAUGUCGAAAACAAUUAGUUUCUUCUUUUUUUGUAUGUAUACUAUGCAGAAGUGUUGACUGAAUAAAAUCUCAUUAUUUGUC